GCCCGGGGUGGUCAAUGGCACUAAUUGUGAUCAAGUUGGACGGCUUAUUCCCAAUGAUGAUUAUGCCGGACCUCACGGUCAAGCGGAUGAGUCAUACCUAAAUCGGAAUGCAAAUCGAGCCGGCUCUCCAAGCGAACCGAGGAAGGCCGAGUAG